AAUUGUUGUAAGAAAAAAUAUGUCAGUUGUAAUUUUGAUAAUCGAAUAAUAAAUCUGGGUCGCUCCAUGAUCAAGUAAUUUAUAUUUUUAAGAACUUAGUGCAUAUAUGGAAGGAUGAUUGCGUUAUACGUGUCGGUGACUACGAUUGUGGUGAUUGCCUGUUGUUGUUGCGUAUUAUUCAGUUGCUGUAAGCUGCGCUGAUUUGCGAUAAUGAAUCGUAAGGAACGCGCCGGGGGGCGCGCGAGCAAAAGCACGUGCCCCCUGCCAACUAAGCCUGCUAAAUGUGGCCCCACUAAGGGGCCCGGCAAGGCCGGAAAGGCACAGGGAAAGAGUACCAAGGGACCUGCAUUUCCCGCGUUUAGCCUGGGUCUGCCACCGCCUGCAACUUACGAGGAACAGCAAAAGGAGAAAAUGAAAAUAAUACGACGAAAUAAACCUAAGGGCGAGGACAUUAACAAAUUGAAGCAGAUUGUGAAGAGCGUCCGGGAACGACCAGUGAACGUAUAUGAAUUAAUUGGUUUGGUUGCUCCUUCUACCGCAGACAAUGGUAAAGAGUUGCAACGUAUCCUCGGGGAGGAGUUGAGCUUGUUUCGAAGCACAUCUCGGAAAAUUUACGAGACAAUGACUGAAGAUAUCAGCGAUGUUCUCGUCAACGAACAAAUCCAGCUCAAAGAGUAUACUUCUGAUCGCUAUGUGCUUUAUGAUGAUAAACUGGUGCGGAAUCUGAACGAAAUACUAGAAUAUUGUCCAGAUUUUAAUUUUGACUUAUUCUACACCCAAGAUGAAUACUUAGAUGAUAUAUUUCCAUUGGCGGAGGUGGAAGUUGAUCAAGAAACAUUGGAAUCUCUCUGGCGGCAAGAAGCCUUCCACCGAUAUCAUUGGUUGAAAUCUGAAGGUGAACGUUUAAAACAAGAAAAUACCAGACUUCAAAAGAGGUUAAAAGACUUAAAGAAACGCCAGAAAGACGAACUUAAUGUGGUCGCUGAAAAGGAGCAAAAGGCAGAUGAGAAACGUAAAUUGUUGGAGGCUGCCCAGGAAGUACUAGAAGAAAGGUUAGAAGAUUUAAGUGAGUCUCUUGGGAAGAGUUUUGUGGAAUCUGAAAUAGCUCAAGCCACACCUCUAAGCCUUCAACCUUUAAAACCAAAACCCAAGAUUACGGAAAGGUUCAAGGCACUUAGAUCUGCACGUCCAAAACCUGAUUGGGCUUCCCAGCAAGCCGCUGAAAUCGAAACAACCCAGGCGAUGGAAGCGGUCACUGCCGAAGUCAGCAAAGUGUCUCUCCGUGCGAAAAACUCGAAAAAGCGAGGUACAAUCAAGGGUAAAUCGAAGCGAGCGCCUCCUCCAGACCAAAGCACCGCAUUCCAUUACUCGCCCAUUAAAACACCACCUCUAAAGCAAGCCGCUGGUCCUUCAACUUCACCGUUCCACUAUUCACCAAUUAAAACACCACCUCUGAGGGAACCCACUGCUCGAUCGACUUCACCAUUUCAUUACUCACCAAUAAGAACACCUCCUCUAGCGCAAGCAGCUGGUCCUUCAACUUCACCCUUUCACUAUUCCCCAAAAACAACACCUCGUCUAGAUGCCAAUGCGUCAGUCUUCCAGUACCCACCCGUCAAUGCUCCUUCGAGGGUGCCUUCUGGGCCUUCAACUUCACCGUUCCAUUACUCACCGGUUCACACAACUUCUUCAAGGGAUGUUUCACCUGUACGAACACGAUCUGGAAGACCAGCACCUCCAACAUCACCGUUUCAUUACUCACCAAUCCAUACCCCAAAUGAACUUCCCGGUCGUUCAACUUCACCCUUCCAUUACUCCCCGAUCCAAACUCCAGUAAGGGCACCUGCUCAAGAUACUGCAGAGUUGAGCCGUAGUCAAGCUGAAGUUAGGAACACGACUAGGGUUAAACUGAGCACUUCUAGGGUGACCACUGAGAGAGAACCCGCGCCACGAAGGCGAGCCAGAGCGCCACCAGAUACCUGGAGGGGAUUUCAAUAAAAUGCACUCUGUUCUUCAAAAUUUUAAUCGCUAGCAUUUCUAUAACAACGCAAUAAACAAAUUUCUCUGAAACGUCA